AUAUUUUUUUGGUAGAAUUUUUUCUAUUCAUUUCAUGGUUAACCUAGCAAAAUCUGCAGCGGCCACUGUAAUUCACGCCGCCGGUUCAUCCUCCUUCAAGCAGCACUCCGCUGGUUCAUCCUCCUUCAUAUUCUGAUUUUUCUUUUCUUCUUCACCAUCCCUCCUCCUUCUCUGUCCAAGUUCCUUUUUCCCAAAAACCUCAUUCUAGCCGGCGCUCCCCUCUGUACCGCCGCCAUUAACGCGAUUACUACCUAGGCAUACAUUCAGUCACCAUCCAAUUGAAUUGUAGGUUGUUUCCUCAGUCAUGGCUGCUUUGAUUUCCAAAAGGCUACUACGUUCUUAUGGCUCAUUGCAUUCGCUACGACGCUGUUUUGAUUCACCUAAUGCUGGGUUUGAUUCUUUACAUAAACCAACCGCAGACAUAUGCAGCAGUUUAUGUGGAGAAAGGGCGAUUUCUGCACAACGUCUCUUGACUGGAUCAAUGAUGCAAAGGUUUUGUACUUCUAGUUUCACUACUGGACACGAUGAAGAUGCAUUUCCAUCUGACUUAUUGUCCAAAAAGCCUCUUGCAAAAUCUGAGCGCGAUGUAGGGCUUUGUCAAGAUCUUUUAAUUCCAGUCACCAACUUUCGUAAUGAAGACAAGGGCUAUAUGGUUUUAGCUGGAGAUGUUUUUGAUUUGCCUAUUCGGAAAGAUAUUGUUCAUCGUGUUGUUUUGUGGCAGCGUGCAAAACGUCAACAGGGAACUCACUCAACAAAAACUAUUAGUGAAGUAAGCGGGACUGGGAGAAAGCCUUGGAACCAAAAGGGGACUGGUCGAGCAAGGCAUGGGUCAUUGCGCGGGCCUCAGUUCAGGGGUGGUGCUAUAAUGCAUGGUCCUAAGCCCCGAAGUCAUGCUUUCAAACUCAAUAAGAAGGUUCGGCGACUGGGACUAAAGAUUGCUCUGUCAAAUCGGGCAGCAGAAGGAAAGCUUAUUGUGCUUGAGGAUCUGGAGGUUCCCACACAUAAAACCAAAAACUUUUUGAAUUAUUUCAAUCAACUGGAGGACACCAAGAAACUUCUGAUCGUAGAUGGUGGCCCCAUAAAUGAAAAGCUAAAGUUAGCUACACAAAAUCUGCAUUAUGUUAAUUUACUUCCAUCCAUUGGCUUAAAUGUCUACAGUAUUUUGUUGCACGACACUUUGGUGAUGUCGAAAGAUGCUGUGAACAGAAUUGUUGAGCGAAUGCACACUCCAAUCUCCACUAAAUCCAAACCCCCAAUAAAUGGUUGAGGCAGUAACUAUUUCUGUACUUCAUUUACUCGGAAUGCGAAUAUUUUGCAUGAGGUUUCUUAUAAAAUCAUACUCUACCAGAAAAGCAAGUUGUAAUUGUUAUGCUGUUCAAGAUUAGAACUUGGGAAUUGGAUGGUGGAAUUUAAGUGCUCAAAUGGUUAGGUUUUUUAUGGUUUCCAAUGGUAUCUCAAUGUUAGCAAAUGCACAUGGUCUGUUUAACUCCAUGAAUAUAACCAAUUCUAGGAGAAGGAGGAGCAAAUAUGAUUUAGUUGCUUUUAUUUAUUGUAGCAUAAGAUAUGCAAGCAUUUGAAUGUCAACCUUUUAAUAAUUUUAUGUCGUGUUUCAGAUUGGAAA